AUACCACCACACGCCUUCUGCUGGGAGCCAUUGCAGUCCUCCUGUUUGCCAUACUGGUGGUGAUGAGCAUCCUGGCUUCCAAGGGCUGCAUCAAGUGUGAGACGCCCUGCCCGGAGGACUGGCUGCUCUACGGAAGGAAAUGCUACUACUUCUCGGAGGAGCCUAGAGACUGGAAUACGGGAAGGCAGUACUGCCAUACCCACGAGGCAGCGCUGGCCGUGAUCCAAAGCCAGAAAGAACUGGACUUUAUGUUCAAGUUCACACGGAGGGAGCCCUGGAUCGGCCUGCGCAGAGUUGGGGACGACUUCCACUGGGUCAAUGGGGACCCUUUUGACCCAGACAC